GGAGGUGUCAUUGAGAAAUCCUUACACAUCCAAAGCUAACCAGUGUGAUCAUCAGCGUGAUCAUUUCCUGAAAAUGUAAAAACUGUAAACAGCCGCUGACUUUAUUCAAAUGUGUAUCUGUGGUGUUCACUUCUGACUGAGGACAAGUGCAGCAUGAAGAUCUCAGAAUUCUGCCUCCUGGUUUGUCUGACUGCUGUGAUGUCUUCAGCCCAGUAUGGAGAACGGGGAGCCAAACUUCAACUGAAUUCAGAUGGACAAAUAUAUGAAGGCGACGAGGUCAGCCUGCACUGUCAGCUCGAUGGAAAUCCUGUUGGAUGGACAUAUGAGAUCUACAAAAGGGAAUCAACAUACCAAUACUAUUAUAAAGUACACACAGAGAGCACUUUGACCUUCAGCUCUGUGACUCAUUCACAACGUGGGCAGUACCGGUGUCGAGCUGGAAAAGGAGAAGUUUACUCAACAUACAGUAAUGAUGUGUGGUUAGAAGUAUCAGAGCGGGGAGCCAAACUUCAGCUGAAGUCAGAUGGACCAAUAUAUGAAGGCGACGAGGUCAGCCUGCACUGUCAGCUCGAUGGAAAUCCUGAUGGGUGGACAUAUGAGCUGUACAGGAAUGGAUACUCAUACACUUAUAAAACACAAAGAGACAGCACCUUCACCAUCGACCCUUUGACUCGUUUAUUCAGUGGGUGGUACCGGUGUCGAGCUGGAAAAGGAGGGCAUCAGUCGAAAUAUAGUGAAUAUGUGAAGUUGGACGUAUCAGUUCCUCCAAAGCUCCCUAAUAAGCCCAUCCUGAUAGUCCUGCCAAGUGCCUUAGUAUGGGAAGGGGACACUGUGACUCUGAGGUGUCUGUCUAAGAGCGAAGUGACAGGGACACAACUGACAUACAGAUUCUACAGAGAUGAGACACCUGUGGGUCAUGAAACUAAACAGAAUAAGUUCACAGUCCAGUCAGCUCAACAGAAUGAUACUGGAAGAUAUUGGUGUGAGGUGAAGGAAGAAGGAAAAGAGACUGAGAAGAAAGAAAGUGACAGCGAGCAGUUGACUGUAAAAGAGCACUUUAGUAAACCCACCCUGAGUGUCCUGCCCAGUGUCUCAGUGUGGGAAGGGGACACUGUGACCCUGAGGUGUCUGUCUAAGAGUGAAGUGACAGGGACACAACUGAGAUAUAAAUUUUGCAGAGAUGAGACACCUUUGAGUGAAGAAACUCAACAGAAUGAGUUCACAGUCGAGUCAGCUCACCAGAAGCAAACUGGAAAAUAUUGGUGUGAGGUGAAGGAAGAAGGAAAAGAGACUGAGAAGAAAGAAAGUGACAGCUUGCAGUUGACUAUAAAAGCUAUGUAUGUGACUUUGUCAGCUUCUCCUAGUACUUCUGUGAAGGUGGGAGACUCCAUUAAACUGACCUGCACAUGGGAAGGGAAAAUGAGCUCAACACUCAUUUUCAGCUUCCUAAGAAACAAUGAGACUGUGAAGAGCAGCAGUGACUCUGCAGUGUUUAGCAUCAAUCAGGCUGAUAAAAUCCACAGUGGGAGCUACAUGUGUGCUGUAGAAUCUUCAGGAAGAAGACAAACUUACAGCAAUGAGCUUGAGAUUGAAGUGCAAGCUUUGCCUGGUGCUGGUAAGCAAGUGGAUUAUAGGAUGGAGAACAGCCUUCGAAUUGGAGUAUCAGGUCUGGUGCUGACUGUGCUGCUCAUCAUUACGAGAGACUCUUUCUGGAUCAGAGUGACUUCAGUAUUUCAAUCCAAUGAUAUUAUUAAAUUUUUAUAUCCGCAGUAUUCACUUUGGUUUGAAGACAAGUGCAGCAUGCAAACCUCCGAAUUUUGCCUCCUGGUUUGCCUGACUGCUGUGAUGUCGUCAGCCCAGUUUGAAGAACGCAGAGCCAAACUUCAACUGAAGUCAGAUGGACGAAUAUAUGAAGGCGACGAGGUCAGCCUGCACUGUCAGCUCGAUGGAAAUGCUGUUGGGUGGACAUAUGAGAUCUACAAAAGGGAAUCAACAUACCAAUACUUUUAUAAAGUACACACAGAGAGCACCUUGACCUUCAGCUCUGUGACUCAUUCACAACGUGGGCAGUACCGGUGUCGAGCUGGAAAAGGAGAAGUUUACUCAAAAUACAGUGAAUAUGUGUGGUUAGAAGUAUCAGAACGGGGAGCCAAACUUCAACUGAAGUCAGAUGGACCGAUAUAUGAAGGUGAUGAGGUCAGCCUGGACUGUCAGCUCGAUGGAAAUCCUGUUGGGUGGACAUAUGAGAUCUACAAAUGGGGAUUAACAUACCCAUACCUUUAUAAAAAACAAACAGAGAGCACAUUGACCUUCAGCUCUGUGACUCAUUCACAACGUGGGCAGUACCAGUGUGGAGGUGUAAAAGGAGGAGUUUACUCAACAUACAGUAAUGAUGUGUGGUUAGAAGUAUUAGCCCCCCCAAACCUCCCUAAUAAGCCCAUCCUGAUAGUCCUGCCAAGUGCCUUAGUGUGUGAAGGGGACACUGUGACUCUGAGGUGUCUGUCUAAGAGCAAAGUGACAGGGACACAACUGACAUACAGAUUCUACAAAGAUGAGACACCUGUGGGUCAAGAAACUAAACAGAAUAAGUUCACAGUCCAGUCAGCUCAACAGAGUGAUACUGGAAGAUAUUGGUGUGAGGUGAAGGAAGAAGGAAAAGAGACUGAGAAGAAAGAAAGUGACAGCAAGCCGUUGACUGUAAAAGAGCGCUUCAGUAAACCCACCCUGAGUGUCCUGCCCAGUGUCUCAGUGUGGGAAGGGGAAACUGUGACCCUGAGGUGUCUGUCUAAGAGUGAAGUGACAGGGACACAACUGAGAUAUAAAUUUUGCAGAGAUGAGACACCUUUGAGUGAAGAAACUCAACAGAAUGAGUUCACAGUCGAGUCAGUUCACCAGAAGCAAACUGGAAAAUAUUGGUGUGAGGUGAAGGAAGAAGGAAAAGAGACUGAGAAGAAACAAAGUGACAGCUUGCAGUUGACUAUAAAAGCUAUGUAUGUGACUUUGUCAGCUUCUCCUAGCACUUCUGUGAAGGUGGGAGACUCCAUUAACCUGACCUGCACAUGGGAAGGAAAUAUGAGCUCAACACUCAUUUUCAGCUUCCUAAGAAACAACGAGACUGUGAAGAGCAGCAGUGACUCUGCAGUGUUUAGCAUCAAUCAGGCUGAUAAAAUCCACAGUGGGAGCUACAUGUGUGCUGUAGAAUCUUCAGGAAGAAGACAAACAUACAGCAAUGAGAUUGAGAUUGAAGUGAAAGAGUCCCCACUUACCAUUGUUUAUCUCAGCGUUGGACUCGGUCUGGGUUUUCUAAUACUUGUGCUGCUGCUGUUGCUGCUGUUUGCAUGCCGCAAGACUCGAGGUUUACCAAGCAUUAGAAGUUCAAAGACUGGAAGAAAAGAGAAAGGAGAGGAUGUGAUAACACCCAGUGAAGGAGCUAACCAAAUGGAUCCAUCGAAUAAGGAAGAGGAAAACACAGACAUGUUGUACUCUGAGUUGAUGGAUUCUCCUAAGGCCAGAAACAAGGGUGAUUCUGCUGUAGAGUUCAACAAUGAUGUUGUUUAUUCAAAUCUUGUAAAAGGGAAAUUAAUGAAGAAGCGAGAGAAAAUGCCUGAAGAGUCCACAGAAGUCCUGUACUCUGAUAUCAAAUUGAAGAAUGCCACAGGUGCCUCAGCCACAGCUGAUUCAAGUUCUCUUUAUGCUUCCAUUCGCUGAAGAAAAGACAAGAAGUAACACAUUGUGGUUUGUGGUGUCGCAUCUGUGAUGGAAGCCGCAGUGACCUCAAAAGUCUUCAGCUAACACACCUCUGCUUGUCUUCUACUUCUCUGUAAUCCAAGCUGGUCUGUUGCUAUCUGCAUGAAGGUCUGGUUUUGUGGUGUUGCUAUCAUGGUGUAUUUAAGCAUUCAAUAUGGAAAAAGGAAGAAUACAAAGAACACUUGAUGACCACAGACCUGUUCAAAGGAAUGCAAGUGAUCACGUCUUGAAACUGAUGCGCUACUCUAAUCCACACACCUUCUCUUGAAGAUCUCUGCCUAUGCAAAGCUACAUACAGUAAAUCAUCCUGGUGCAGCUAUCCAGAUCUUCAUUUUCCUUUUCUUAUUAUAUACUGUGGCUAGCUUAAUGGUUAAAUUCUAUUUUCCCGAUAAUAUUAAGCAAGCAAGCAAGCUAUGAAAAGCAAGCUAUGAACAUUCUGACUUCAAACUUCUCCAGAAAUUUGACUUUUUUACUAUGGUAUAGUUAGAAGGCACGCAGAUUGCCUGUUUAGUAUCUCGUGGGUUGCACAAACUCAAAAAGCAAGCUUUUCUUCCAAAAUCUAGUCCUCUAGGCUGCCCAAGGCUUCCUUACUAAAAAUAAGCCUUACCCCAAACUCAAGGAAUAGGCUUUUGGCCUACACAAACUAUUAUGGGGUAAAUCUUAAAAUAAUUUUCAAAAACAGUAAAUAGGAAAGGGGAAAGAGAAAAAAAAACUUUAUCCCCUAAGGGUUUUUUGGCAUUAUUGCUACCUAAAUUACAUAUCCAAACAUUAAUGGCUAUUAUUCUGCUUAUGUAACAAAGAAACUGAGAAUGGCUGAAGAGUAGUGAGUAUAACUCUCCAACUUUUAAAAAGAAAGUCCUGAUAUGAAGUCCUCUUUAACAGUCUCUCCGAGAUUGCUCCUCUUACUGCAUCUUUAAAUCUCUUAAAUCUCUUACUCUUAUAAUAAAAAACAUAUUAUUAUUAUUAUUAUUAUCAAUGGUGUUUUUUAUUCUGUUUUUGGACUUUGUUUUCUGUUCUCUUAUUUUGUUUAUAAUGUGCCACUCCUGUAUUCCUGAAUUGAUGAUGACAUUAGCCAUGCUAUGUUGUUACUGCUAUUCAGAUGUACAAGAAAUAACAUCUCACAUAAUUAAAGCCUAAAAAUAUAUUUGUUUCUGUCUUGCAAACAUGAAACAAAGAGGCUUUUUCAGUUUUUAAAGUAGGUGGCAUGGAGUGAAUAAGAGAGCAAGUCUUCCAUUCUCCAGUGAAACUUCCACACUCAGUCCAAGGCUCACGCUCAUUACACCUCAGCUGUCAUUUGGCUUCUGUAGCUCUUAUAAAGUCAUAUGAUUUCUUACCCAAAUUGCCUAUGACCUUUGUAAGAGCCAUUCGUUAGUUAGUAAUGUUAUGUUAAAUUGAUAGAAGUAUUUUCUUAGUUAUGUAAAAUCUUUGCCAUGAUUGCCUAUAUAUUAAUGCAUAGUCUAUGGAAGAUUCUACUAUAUCCCCCAUAAGUUAGAUUGAAAUGGAUUAUUCUGUUUAUUUAUUGUCCCUCUGACUAGAGAUUAGUCCCAGUUUGUGAUCUGCCUUGCAGUGGUUAAGGCAUGGAGGGAAACAGUUUUCAAAACACAACGUAUCGUAUUGACUGUGCCGUACGUAUAGAACGUACCAAACAUAUUAAGUAAAGCACAGAGAAGUAUAGAAAGUAACUGAAGUUUAACAAGAAGAUAACAUUUUUUCCUUUUCUGCCUUUUAUCCUGCGUGUGUAAUAACUUUUUUCUCUAUUUUUGUGUGAACUGUUUUGCUUUGAAUUUUCACUAAACCUUUUUAAAA